GAUCCACCGAUCUGAUUUCUGCUUCCACGGCAACAAUGUUUCCAUAGCAACGAUACAACGCUCGCGUCGUCGUUGGAGGAUAUCUUACUGUUACGAACGAAUUUGUUUCAACAAUUGCAAUGCCUAAAAAAAAGGGGAAAAAAGGAAAAGGCAAAGGGAAGAAAAAUGGAAAGACCGAGUUACAGAUUGAUAAAGAAUCAGACAUUGAAAAAGCGAGGGCUAAUGCUGCUCUCUGGGAGGCAAGGUUGAAUGUGACUGAGCAGUCCCGCUCUGAAUACAGGGAGGCUGUCCGGAAACUGGCAAGAGACAAUGAGGACCUCACAAACCAGCAUUUCCGUCUGGAGAAAGAUACCAUGGACAUGAUCAGCUUUUUCAAGAAAAAAGAUGCAGAAAAAGAGGAAAUGAUUGCUGAUUUGCAUGAGCAGAUAAAAGAACAAAAACAGGAAGCUAUAGAAGAAAAUGAAAAGCUGAUUAAAGAAUAUUCUCAGCACCUGAAUGAGCUGGAGGAGAAACUGAAGAAACGGAUGCAGGAUUUUCAGAUGAUUCAAAGUGAGCUGAAAAUGAUGAAUGAAUUUCGGAAGAAGAAACCUGAGCUGGAGAGAGAACUUGAGGAUAUAAGAGAAAAUAUGUAUGUUGCAAAAAAAGAACACAGAGAAAAUCUGGCAAGAACGGAACAUAAAUUUUUUUCAGAAAAGCUUCGUUUGGAAAAAGAGACUGAACAGAAAAUAGCCCAGCUGGCUGAGACAGCUCAAAAUGAGGCUAUUCUGCAGCUGGACGAUACAACCCGCUCUGUCUUUAAGGAGAAUGUCAGACUUAAUGAAGCCCUGAGGUACCACAUGAAAGAAGCUGAGGACAUGAAGAAAAUGACAGUGACACUUGUAGAAGAAAAUAAAUUUCUUCUUCAGGACAAGGUAACCAAUGACCUGCUUAUGCAAGAGAAGAUCGCUCAGGUAAAACGGCAGAAGGAGGAGAUUCUGGAAUUGCAGAAAAAAGUGGCAAGUCUGGAGCAAGCCCUUGACCACAUGGCUUGUGAGUUUGAGACAGAGAAACAGUUAACUGUGAAGCAGGCUGUAGUCACAACAGAAACAGGCCGAUCUGAAAUGGAGAAACUUCAGAAACUCCUCCAAAUGAAGGACAAGGAGAUGAACCGGGUGAAAUUACUUGCAAAGAAUAUUCUAGAUCAGCGCACCCAAGUGGAGCAAUUUUUCUUGCAAGCACUGGACCAAGUAAGGCAGGAAAUCACAGCCAGCAGGGCACAGUACAAACAGGCAGCCCAGGAUGCCUAUCAGAGAAAGAUGCAGAUGGCACGGAAUGGGCAAGAAGAGUAUCCCAGAAUUAGAACCUUUACCAAAAAUGAGCAGAGCACCAACAGUGUCUACCAUGACUUGGAAGAAGCUGAUAAGUGGAAUAAUCUGCAGAGUAACAAGGUGGACAUCUCAGAACUCACCUGGGAACAGAAGGAGAAAGUACUCCGGCUUCUGUUUGCUAAAAUGAAUGGACUCAAAACCAGGAAACCAAGUCGAAGUUUAACUUCAUCUGCUCCACCAGACAGGAUUGUGAAAGACGGACAGCAACACAAAGAGGAGCAGUGUUCCAGUCUAACAUUCAUUACCCAAGCUUCAGUGGCAGCAAUCGCUUCUCCAGUUUCCAUUUUCCCAGACAUUAAUCCUACACACCUGGUCCAAGCACAGGGAGCCAUGACCUAAGGAGACAAACGUCCAUCCAUAACAGUUCAGCCGUGUUACGUGAGACAUCGGUGUUGUGCAGAUUUUUCCCCCCUCAUUGCUGUGAAUAUUUCAAACUUUGAGCCUACUAAUGGGUAGCAGGAACUAAUGACAUACAAACUUAGACAAACGUAUGCUAUUAAAAUGAGCAAAACAGUUUUAUUGCAACUACUCACUCAUGCCAUCCAUUUUUCCAAAAAAAAAAAAAAAUACAAAUCACUGUGAGACGGUACCCAUUUCUUUUCUGUUGAUUAAUUAGUAAACUUUCUCAACUAAAAUAAAGAGA